AUGUUCAAUAACAAUAGUGUCGGUAUCAACGUGCUGGGCGAGAGGCUAAAUCUGAAUGGAUCGAAACCGAAGAAGGCCGUCUUCCUCGAUGGGGUCAGUUUCGAGGCGAAAGCAUCCUACACCAAGGUUGCUCCAGCUCCGAACAGCAACUACAAUCCGAUGAUGUACAAUCAUAUGAUCUCAGAAACAAUAGUGUACGACACCCUGAAACCGAUCAUAUACUUGGCAAGGGCGAUGGGAAUCUUUCCUGUGUCGUUCGUUUCGAAAGGCAAAUUCAAAAUUACGACCGUCCUCCUGGUGUACUCCGGGUUCGUCCUUCUCGUAAUGGUAGGAUACAUUGGAUACAUCAAAUGGGACAAAGUGGAGAUCGUGAAAUCGGCGGAGGGACGAUUCGAGGAGGCGGUAAUCGGUUACCUCUUCACCUUAUAUCUAGUGCCGGUACUGAUGUUACCCGUCUCCUGGUACGAGGCUAUCAAAUUGGUUAGGGUCUUCAACGAUUGGUCCGUUUUCGAACGGAUCUACAGAAAAAUCCAACAAAAAUCAUUACCUCUAUUCACAGGCAACAAACCUCUCAUUAUAAGUCUGGCUUUACCUAUCCUCUCUUGCGUUAUUAUGGUUGUCACGCAUUUAACCAUGGUUUUUUUCAGAUUCUUGCAAGUUCUUCCGUAUUGCUACAUAAAUACAAUCACGUACAUUACUGGAGGUUUUUGGUAUUUGCAUUGCGAUGUGAUUGGUAAAGUUGCAACUAUAAUAGCCGAAGACUUUGAGCAGACGCUUAAAAAUAUAGGUCCUUCUGCAAGGGUUGCGGAGUUCCGAUCGCUCUGGAUGCUCCUGGCAAAAAUUACACGCGACGUCGGAUUGGGUUCUUGCUACGUUCUAACAUUCCUCAGUCUGUAUCUCUUCUUGAUAAUAACACUAACGAUUUACGGUCUACUCUCAACUCUGCAAGACGGAUUCGGGAUCAAGGAUGUCGGUCUAACGGUGACUGCAAUCUUCUCGAUCGCUUUGCUUUAUUUUAUCUGCGACGAAGCACACUACGCAUCGAAUUGUGUAAGGGUCAAUUUUCAGAAGAAGUUGCUAUUGGUGAAACUCUCGUGGAUGAACGAAGAUGCCCAACAAGAAAUCAAUAUGUUUCUGAGAGCGACCGAAAUGAAUCCGACCAAUAUGAGUUUGGGCGGUUUUUUUGACGUCAAUAGGAACUUAUUUAAGUCCUUGUUGGCCACGAUGGUCACCUACUUAGUUGUCCUCUUGCAGUUCCAAAUUAGCUUACCGGACGACAUUGCGGUCUUCAAUAUGACGACAACAACGACAACAACAACGAUCGCAGCAGCAUCAUUAUCACCAUCCACUACACCAAAACCCAAAUAAGAAAAUUUUAAAAGGAAAACAAAUA